AUGGGUAUUCUCCGUGUGGCGGCACCUGGCACCCCGGCCGGCGUUCCUCAGGUGGAUGUUCUUGAGUUCGACUCCAACCGCCGUUCGAAGUGGACCUCGGACGCUCAGCAGACGCCCACAGAAGCCCACGGACCAGCCAUGUCGAGCGUGGGCGUUUCCAAUCCUGCCUUUGAGGGCGACAUUAGCCAAUCAAAACAAACCAAAAAUGAAACCGUUAGAUAUGAUCAUAACGAAGCAAAAUCCAACAGCGCGGGAAAUGGACUCACCGUCGAGCAGGAAAAGUUCGCCAUCUUGAAAAACGUGAUCGUGAUAUCUGUGGCUUUUAUGUUUCUCUUCACAAGUUACAACUCGAUGUCCUUCUUGCAGUCUUCGAUCAACAAGGUGGAAGGCACGGCCUCCCUCACCGUCCUCUACGCUGCCUUCAUCUUCUCCUGCUGCUUCCUGCCCACGUGGAUGAUCAAGCGGCUGCAGGAGAAGUACACGAUAGCCGCCUGCAUGCUGUGCUACUCGACCUACAUGGCGGCGCAGUUUUACCCCAGGAUCUACACGCUCGUGCCCACGGCGGUGGUGGUCGGCCUCGGCGCCGCGCCCAUGUGGUCCGCAAAGUGCACCUACCUCGCCAAG